AUGGGAUGGGAUAAGUGGCAACAUCUGGGUCACUUUGGUUUAGCAGAGCAGGGCCUACACCCUAUACUGGUAAUGCCAGGCAGCUGGAUGUGACAGUGGGGUAGGUUUUGGAACAGGAGGAGCCAGGAUGCCAGCACAGUGCCAGCAGGUUGGAUGGGUGGCAUGGGGACUUGUUUCUUGUCCCUGCCACAGAUGCCAGGAGUGGCUCUGGCAACAUUGCUAGUCCUAUUCCACCGUAACAGGGAUGCCCUGUGCCCAGCCUCCAUGGCAGCUAUCAUGCUGGGCUGGCACUGGGCCCCAGGUGCAGUGCCGGCUCGGCGCUGAGGCAGCCUUGCUCCACAGCACUCCAACCCCUUCUCAGUGCCAGUGGCUAAUGUCUCAUGAUUGCACAGCACACAGCUCUGCCUGGGAACUCUGUGGGUGAGCUGACCAGUAUCAGGGAGCUAGGGGGCUCACUCAGUGCUGUGGGGUGGGGGACUGUUUAUCCUCUUUCAGGUCCAAACCAUUUCCUUUUGUCUCUACGUGUUCUUCUUUCAAAGAGCAGUGCUGCUUUCCCCACUUCCUCCAGCAAUGGGACCCCUGGCAUGUACUUGCUAUAGGGUCACCAGCUGAGCUAGACCCCAGCCACCACCUUCCCUGCUGGGCAGACAGAGCAGCUGCACAGCCCCUGCCCUACAGCCACACCAUCCUCCACACUGUGGCCAUUGGCACAAGGGCCACUGCUGCUCCCAGCUGGCUUCAGGCAGGGCAUUAGCAGGGAGGGGGACUUGCACAGCCCAGACUCCUGGGUUCAUGUCCUGGUUUCCAAAGGGUGAGGGACCCCCAUGGGGUGAGUAGCCAGGGUGACUCUGCACUGUGCUCCCCUUCCUGGGUGACUCAUUCUCCCCAGUGGGGCUGUGAAGUCCCUUGACAGGGACUCUUGUGACCAAAAGCAGGAGCACUUGGCAGCAGCCCAGGAUGAGGACUGUCCUCCCCAGGACCUCUGCCCUCCUUCCCCAUGGGGGAACAGGUUGGGAGAUCCCUCCUAGACAUCCCUUUCCACCUCACAACUCCCACCGUCCCCAAGCCAUGGCCCAGUGCUCAGUGCAGGCUGACAUUGUGCCCUCAUGCAGUGUGCCAUCCCAGCUUGGUGGCAUGGGACACAGCCUAUCCCCAUGCAGGAUGGAUGCUGCAGGGGCCUCACCCCACUGUCCAUGGCUCUGCCUGGGUGGCUAGACCCCUAGAAUGAAGGGAGCUGGCAGGUGGGUGGAGCCUGGCCAUGGUUGUUCCAGGCAGCCUGGGCUGGCAGAGGGAUGUCAGGGUGACCCGGGCAGACAUUGUUCCUGCUGCCACCUGUCCUGCAUGGGAGCCAGCUCAACAUGGGGAGCAAUUCCCCCUUUCCUCAGUCCAGUUCAGCUGCUGCAGCCGAAAUGUGCCCAGCCACAGCAUUGAUGUAACUGAGAAAGCUCUGGCAUGGCGAAGACAUGGGCAUCACCGCCUGCUCCCUCCCAGGCAUCAUGUCCAGAAACAGCCAGGGAAUGCUGGGGGCCCGGGGGCGGCUCCAGUCCCCUCACACCUCGUCCUCUGCUAUUUCCUUAUCACUGCAGUGAUCUCCUCGACGGCAGCACCCGCUCAGCAUGUGACUUCACUCCAGUGAGGAGGAUGUGCGGGGGGUGGGGGUGUCAGCAAAGGAGCCGUAACGGGCGGUUUGGUGCGAUGGAAAAUCCCCCUCCUGUCACCUCCUGUACCUCACCCCUACCCUGCCCCAGCCCUGCAUCUACGUCUGCUUGCAUCGAGUCCUGUGGCUGCUCACAGGGGUUCCAACUCCCGUAGAGGUCCCUACCAGACCUCUGCUGGCGGUUUCUGUGACAUUGGCAGCACUGAGGCUGUGUCCAUUUGCACUGUGAGAUGGUGAGGCUGGUGCCUGUGCCCGUCCCUCAGAGCACCCUGCCACCUUCUGGGAUAUGACAGGGUCUCAGCUGCUGCCCUGCACCCAGACACCCCCACAGGUACAUGCCAAAUGGGCACCAUCAGUCUUUGUGCGUGCCCUGUGUCCAUGUCUUGUGAGGCUGGAGGUGCUGUGGGGAUCAAGGCAGAAGGGAGGCUGUGUUGGAGGACACAGUGCCACUCUACCCUGUGACCAUUGCCUGUGACAGUUCUGGGGGUCUGUGGGGCUCUGGGCCACCCUUGGCAGGUGCCCCAUCCCUGUCAUGCCUCUCCAGCUGCCCAAGCUGUGGCAUGGGGUACUUGCCCCCCUGCUUAAUCCUGCCCCUGUAGCUAAUCCUGCCUAAUCCCACUGGGGGUUGUCACUGCCUGUUGGCUCCCAGGGCACUGAUGGUUUAAUCACCCCUAAUCCGAUCACCCCCACCUCAGCAGGCAGAAGGGACUUCAACCAGUGGUGGGAUGGGCUUCUUCCAAGGAGGGGGGCUUGGCCAUGGGUGCUGGCGCCAGCAUCCCAGGCGGUCGGCACUGCUUGGCUCCCAGUUUCAGGGGCGGUUGCCGCCUGCCAUGCCGGUCGGGCCUGCUUAGCAGCGGCUGGGGCGGCUCCACAGCCGGUUGCUCCGGGGCCGUUCCCAGCUGCCUGCCGAGGCAGCCCCAGCUGGCAGCCACCCAAGUGCAGGGAGCGGCUGGCUUGGGGAUGGGCCCCUGUGCCGGGGGCUGUCAGCCGCGCCGCCCCUCCAUGGGCAAGAGGGGGCACGUCCCCCACGCCCGCCUGCCGACGGCACAGUGUGGCUUGGCACGGCAUGGUGGGUUUGGGAUGGAUGGGCCUGGCAUAGCUCAGUGUUGCCUGGCAUGGUUUGGCGAUGGCCAGUGCCACAUGCCACUGUCCACCAUGGCUUGACUUGGCUUGGCCUAGCACAACUCUGGCAGCACCAAGAGCCACAAUCCAGAGGUGGUACCCACCCCUGCCUCCCCCAGGCUGCAUUUGCUUGACUCCCAUCCUACUGUCACCUAGCAGUGCUAGUGUCAGCAGCCUGGCUGGCUGCAAGGGCCAUAGCUGGGCAUGGUGUCACAGGACAGGUUGCAGCCCUGGAGCUGCUACUACUGCCCGCACCCUGCCUGCAAGUUGUGAGGGUCAUGGACUCCUCCUUCCCACCUGUGCUGGCUGCACAGGAACAUUGGAUCUCUGGUGGUGCACCAUGGGGACCACAGUGGGAGUGUGAGCAGUGCUGGGUGUCGGGCUGAGGCCAAGCUCUGCCAGCCGCAGCGUGGGAAAGGCCUGACUGGCGCAGGCUGGGCUUGGCUGGGCGAGGAGUGGCCCCAGGCUGGGGCACGGGAGGAGGGAGGGGGCCCAGUCCCGACCAGGAGCGGGGGCAGGAACCGGUGGCACGGGUGCUGAUCUAAUCUGCAGUGGCAGGAAGUGUGGCCCCUGUUCCCAGCCCAGCUGGGCUCUAUGGGGUGGCCCCCAAGGUGCUCUUCCCAGCAUUCACCCGCCCACCUGUGCCUGCCAGUGAGGCCCACGUUCCCAGGAUAGGGUUGCUGGGAGCCAGUGGCUGCGCCUGGCCAUGACAGUGGGCUGGGGGGAUUGUGGGUGGGCUGGUACAGGAAGUGCUGCACCUUGGUGCUGUUCAAAGGCACCAUGCUGAGAUUUCCCCCUUUGCUGUGGUGAUGCAGGCGGCUGGGUGCUGGUGGUAGUGGAAGAAGCGUGGGGGCCUGUGGUGGGGGGCCUAUGCCCGCCAACCUUUACAUAGCAUGGAGGGAACUGAGGGCAGACCGCAGGCCCCAAGCCUGCCCCAGUUUAGUGUCCCACUGAAACCCCAGUGCCACCCAGCAUGUACACGGAAGGUUCCUGGUGCCCUGGCUUCAUGACAGUGAUGCUCCGGCUUCAAUGUUUCUUCCAAGUGCUCUCUCCCAGAUUGUUCUCCUAUCAGUCAGGCAGCAUCCUAUCCUUCCUGCAGGUGAGGACAAUGGCCAGCCCAGAAGAUGACCUCAUUGGCAUCCCCUUCCCUGAGCACAGCAGUGAGCUGCUGAGCUGCCUGAACGAGCAACGACAGCUGGGGCUGCUCUGCGAUGUCACCAUCAAGACGCAGGGGCUGGAGUACCGCACCCACCGUGCUGUCCUGGCUGCCUCCAGCCGCUAUUUCAAGAAGCUCUUUGCAGGGCCAGGGCCAGGGCAGGAGGUCUGUGAGCUGGACUUUGUGGGGCCAGAGGCACUGGGUGCACUGUUGGAAUUUGCUUACACAGCCACGCUGACCAUAAGCAGUGCCAAUAUGGGCGAGGUGCUGCGUGCUGCCCGGCUACUGGAGAUUCCCUGUGUCAUUGCUGCCUGUGUGGAGAUCCUGCAGGGCAGUGGGCUGGAGGCACCUGGCCCCGAUGAUGGCGACUGCGAACGUAAGACCCGCAAGUUCCUGCAAGCCCGUGGUGCUCGGCUCAACAACCAUGCCGAGGAGCCACCCACUGAGGCUGAGGGCUCUGGCAGCCCCCCACCGCCCUCCCAGCUGCCCUCACCCCCUCUGCCUGAGGAGCUGCCCCUGCCCUAUGACAGCUUUGAGCUGCCUGAAGAGGAGGAGCUGCCCCCACACUCCUUCCCCUUCCCCUACCAGCCCCCCCUGUCCCCUGAGGAGGCUGCUUCUGACGAUGAUGCUAUCGACCCCGACCUGAUGGCAUAUCUCAGCUCGCUGCACCAUGAGUCGCUGGCACCUGGGCUGGAUAGCCCUGACAAGCUGGUGCGCAAGCGCCGCUCACAGAUGCCCCAGGAGUGCCCUGUCUGCCACAAGGUCAUCCAUGGUGCUGGCAAACUGCCUCGCCACAUGCGCACACACACGGGCGAGAAGCCCUUUGCCUGCCAGGUCUGCGGAGUCCGAUUCACACGGAAUGACAAACUGAAGAUCCAUAUGCGGAAGCACACAGGUGAGCGGCCCUACUCCUGCCAGCACUGCAGUGCCCGCUUCCUGCAUAGCUAUGACCUGAAGAACCACAUGCACCUGCACACAGGCGCCCGGCCCUAUGAGUGCUACCUCUGCCACAAGGCCUUCGCCAAGGACGACCACCUCCAGCGGCACCUCAAGGGCCAGAACUGCCUGGAGGUGCGGACCCGCCGCCGCCGCCGUGAUGAGCCACCUCCACCACCUGCUGGGCCCCCUAGCCUCGACCUCUCCAAUGGGCGGCUGGAGGGGCUGCGCCUCUCCAUUGCCCACUACUGGCCUCCAGGGCAGCCCGAGGAGGAAGAAGAGGAGCCAGAGGGUGAGGAAGGGCCACAGCCAAAUGACACCGUGCCAGUGGAGACGGCAUAGGGCCGAUACAACAGCAGGUGUCAUGCCGUUCCAUGCUGAGCUGUGCUGUGCCCACUGGGGUUUCUGUUCCUGUUUUUCCCGUCACGGUUCAUUCCUAGUUAUGCAAAGGGGGAAACUCCCCUCGGCCGAUUUGCACAAGGAGGUGGGGGGCCCCUACCACCCCCCACCGUUCCCAGGCCCACCUGGUCAUGUCCAGGUGGGUGAUGGGGGGAUUGGGACAUGGAUGUCCCCCCACCAAACCCCUCAUGGAUGCCAGGAUUGGGCAGGGGCACCCAUGGACCAAGGCCUCCCCCCAGGUGGGGAGAGCCCCCCAUGCUCUCCCUAGUGGCGGGGGGGCACUGCCCUGCGCUGUGCAUAGCUUGUCCCCACCUCCCCACUCCGAGCAGCCCUCCCUGGCGAGCUCCCCUCGCCCCUGCACUCCCGGCUGCUUUCUCUUGGUUGCACUAUUUGGGUGAGCCCACCCGGGUGCGGGGCAGCCCCGGCCCCCCCCCCGGACCCUUCCCUCUUCCGAAAUCCCCUGGCCCUGUGGGAUCCCCCUUCCAUGGGGUGGCCGGGCCCCCACGGUCACCCCUCUGUCCUUUGCACAUGCCCCCUGCAGGGCUCAGCCUCCCCGGGGGUGUAGGGGACUGGCACUAUUUGUCUACAAUAAGAGUUUUAUCUAUAUUUAAAAAGAUGAUGUAAUAUAUUCCCCCCCACAGCCCCUCUGCUGCCAACCACCAGCGCUGCCUGGCCUCCACAUCUGCCAUGGGGUGCUGGGAGGGGUGAUGGGGCCAGAGGGGCUCUGCUCCUGUCAUGGCUUUAAAGUGCCUUAUGGUGAACUUGAACCUUUUCGGCUACUUGAACCUCUCUGGUGUCAGGAACCAAACAAACCAUGGGCAGGCGGCCCCCACCCCUCCGGGCUGCCUCUGCCUGUCUGUAUGUCUGUUUGUUUUGUUUGUUUUUUUUUUAAACGAAGGCUGCUUGGUAAUAAACGGAGAAGCAGGGA